ACAAGGGAACCGAACCGGGAGGGUGCAGGAGACCUGCAACUUGGAGUUGGCAGGAAGAAGCUUCUUCACACUUUGAUCCCCACCUUCAAUUAGAAGUGAGUCAUCUGGACCCUUCAUUUAGCAUUGAGUUUGUGGGCCUACUCUGUGAACUAUGCCUAAAGUUGUGUCCAGGUCAGUUGUCUGCUCCUACACCCGGGACCGGGAGGAAUAUGAGGACAGCGAGAAACCCCUCCACAUCUACUACUGUUUGUGUGGCCAGAUGGUUCUGGUACUGGACUGUCAGUUGGAGAAAUUGCCCAUGAGACCCCGGGAUCGGUCCCGGGUGAUUGAUGCUGCCAAACACGCCCACAAGUUUUGUAACACAGAAGACCAGGAGACUAUGUAUGUUCGCAGGCCUGAAGGCAUUGAACGACAGUACAGGAAGAAGUGUGCAAAGUGUGGACUGCCACUCUUCUACCAGUCCCAGCCGAAGAAUGCUCCCGUGACCUUCAUUGUAGAGGGAGCAGUAGUCAAGUUUGGCCAGGGUUUAGGGAAAAUGAAUAUAUAUACUCAGAAGCAAGAGCCUCCUAAGAAGGUGAUGGUGACCAAACGGACUAAAGAUAUGGGCAAGUUCAGCUCUGUCACUGUGUCUACUAUUGAUGAAGAGGAAGAGGAGAUUGAGGCUAGGGAAGUUGCUGACUCAUAUGCGCAGAAUGCCAAAGUGAUUGAAAAACAGCUGGAACGCAAAGGCAUGAGCAAAAAGCAGCUGCAAGAGCUGGCUGAACUGGAAGCUAAGAAGGUGAAAAUGAAGGGGACAUUGAUUGACAAUCAGUUCAAAUGAUCAGGACCUUUCUCUGAACCCAGGAUAGAAGCAAGCAUUUAGACCAAGAGGCAAAAAACUGUUCCUUGACUGGAUGGACUGGCUCCUACCUUUAU